GGAAGCGCCGGCAGACCCCGCCUCCCGUAGAAGAGGGACCUGCGCAGCGCUUCCGGGAAGCCGGCGGCGGCGGCCAGUACCGGGAGCCUCGGGCACCUCUCAGGCAGUGUCGGUGGGGAGGCCGGAGGCCCCACUGUCCGCGAGCCAAAAUGCCCAUCCAGCCUCCAAGCAAAGACACGGAAGAGAUGGAAGCAGAGGGUGAUUCAGCCGCUGAGAUGAAUGGGGAGGAGGAAGAGAGUGAGGAGGAACGGAGCGGCAGCCAGACUGAGUCAGAGGAGGAGAGCUCAGAGAUGGACGAUGAGGACUAUGAGCGGCGCCGCAGCGAGUGUGUCAGUGAGAUGUUGGACCUGGAGAAGCAGUUCUCGGAGCUAAAGGAGAAGUUGUUCAGGGAACGACUGAGUCAGCUGCGGUUGCGGCUGGAGGAAGUGGGGGCUGAGAGAGCCCCUGAAUACACAGAGCCUCUUGGGGGACUGCAGCGGAGCCUCAAGAUUCGCAUUCAGGUGGCAGGGAUCUACAAGGGCUUCUGUCUGGAUGUGAUCAGGAAUAAGUAUGAGUGUGAGCUGCAGGGGGCCAAGCAGCACCUGGAGAGUGAGAAGCUGCUGCUCUAUGACACGCUGCAGGGGGAGUUACAGGAGCGGAUCCAGAGGCUGGAGGAGGACCGGCAGAGCCUGGACCUCAGCUCUGAGUGGUGGGAUGACAAACUGCACGCCAGAGGCAGCUCAAAGUCCUGGGACUCCCUGCCGCCCAGCAAGAGGAAGAAGGCGCCUCUUGUGUCUGGCCCUUACAUCGUGUACAUGCUGCAGGAGAUCGACAUCCUGGAGGACUGGACAGCUAUCAAAAAGGCUAGGGCAGCUGUGUCCCCUCAGAAGAGAAAAUCAGAUGAGAGGCCGACGGACACGCCCUUCCUGGUCUGCCCUGCCGGGGUCCCGCCAGCCGGCACUGGCAUGGACUCCUCCGCUGCCUCCUUGAGGCCUGCACAGCUGUGGCCCUGGAGGUGACCUGGCCAGACAAGACCGUCACCUCACCUCCAUCCCUGAGCAGCCCACUACCUCCCCUCCUGAAGAUCACCCUCCUCAGUGCUCCCUGUAUGCCAAAGCAGCAUCCGACCUGCUGACCUUGGACCCUGGCUCCCCAGCCACUGGGAGCUGGGCUCGCUGUGUGGGAACUCUGGGCCAGAAAUAUCGGGGGGCCUGUGCAUUCUGGGUGGCCAAGGUGAGGAGCCGGGCCUCCCGGUUUUCCCAGGGCAGUCCUCAGUAUCUGCCUCCCAGAUUUUGAGACUGCAAUUAAAGCCUUUCCUGGGACUUUGG